UUCGGGUUCCUUCCCCUGUCAAAAUGGCGGACCGUCGGCGGCAGCGCGCCUCGCAGGACAGCAGCGAAGAGGACGAGUCUGACUCGCCGCCCGGUAGCGCCGCUCCCUCCCCGCGCGGCUCUCACCGCCUCGGCCUGCCCGGGGUGGCCGCCGGUGGGGCCGCCAACGGCCACGGCGAGGCAGAGAGCGCCGAGCCGCCCGCGGCGCCGGUGGCCGGUGGAGCCAGCCCGGCCGACUCGGAGUGUGAAAGUGAAGAUGGCAUCGAAGGAGAUGCUGUUCUCUCUGAUUAUGAAAGCGCAGAAGAUUCUGAGGGCGAGGAGGGGGAAUACAGUGAGGAAGAAACGUCCAAAGUGGAUCUGAAGCAGGGCAGCAAUGAAGCGAAUGAGUUGGCCACAAAGGCAGACAAAGGGGAUGAAAAACCAGAACCGAAAGGCACCGUGGCCGGCGAGAGGCAAAGCGGGGAUGGGCAGGAAAGUACUGAACCAACUGAGAACAAGGUUGGCAAAAAAGUUCCCAAGCAUCUGGAUGACGACGAGGACCGGAAGAAUCCUGCAUACAUACCUCGGAAAGGCCUCUUCUUUGAACAUGACCUUCGCGGACAGACCCAGGAAGAGGAAGUUCGUCCCAAGGGUCGGCAGCGGAAGCUAUGGAAAGACGAGGGGCGGUGGGAGCACGACAAGUUCCGAGAAGACGAGCAAGCACCAAAAACAAGGCAGGAGCUGAUUGCGCUGUACGGGUACGAUAUCCGCUCGUCUCACAACCCUGAUGACAUCAAGCCCAGGAGGGUGCGCAAGCCCAGAUUUGGGAGUCCGCCUCAGAGAGAGCCGAAUUGGGCUAAUGAGCGACCGAGCAAGCCACCACGACACCAGAGCCUUGACAGUAGUACCCCGGUGCCUCCCCGGACAUUCAUCGACCGAAAUGCCGCAGGGACGGGUCGGAUGCCUCUGCCAAGGACUUUCCCGAGACCUGGAGGCUACAAAGAGACACGGCCAAGCUACCGUGCCGUGGAUGUGAACAGUCAGCACGCCCCUCGUUUCAGUGAGCAGUCGAAGCACGAGAGCAAUUACCGGGCCAGGCGCUCGGAGGUGGUCCCGGCGCGGGAGCCUUCUCCCGAGGCAGAGGCCAUUCACGUUCGCAUCAGCCCUGUUAAGAAGGAAGAGGCUCUUCCAGAAAGCCCAACAGCUCCUGCAGAUGCUCUGCAGCCACCUCCUGAUAAGCCCGUAGAAAAGAAGUCCUAUUCCCGAGCGAGGAGGACCCGGACCAAAGCAGGCGAGGCGGGGAAAUUGGCCGAUGAAGUCCCGCCUCUGUUGGGGUUGACCCCUGCACCGUUGAAAACUGCAGAGGUCGUACCAUCCUCUUCGCCAGCAAAGACUGGGAAUUGGGAAGUACCUGUUGAAGCCAGUCUAGAUGAUCUAGAGCAAGAUAUGACCCAGUUGAAUAUAACGGAGCAAAAUUGGAACCAAGGGCAGCCUCAGUUCAUACAACCGCAGGGUAUUCCUAAUCAGAUGCAUAUCGGAGCAGCCCCACCUCCUCAGUUCAACCGGAUGGAGGAGAUGGGAGUCCAGGGGAGCCGUGCAAAGCGUUACUCAUCACAGCGCCAAAGGCCUGUCCCGGAACCUGCUCCACCUGUGCACAUCAGCAUAAUGGAAGGGCACUACUAUGACACACUACAGUUCCAGGGUCCAAUCUACACCCACAGUGAGACUCCUGCCCCGCUGCCUCCCCAAGGGGUGAUUGUUCAGCCCGAAAUGCAUCUCCCCCACCCAGGGCUCCAUCCUCACCAGGCGCCUGCCCCUUUGACUAACCCCGGCUUGUAUCCUCCCGUCUCCAUGCCUCCUGGGCAGCAGCCCCCGCCUCCACCCCAGCAGCUACUGGCGCCUACUUACUUCUCCCCUCCUCCCGGAGUAAUUAAUUUUGGCAGCCCCGGUUACCCUUACCCACCAGGAGCUCUCCCGCCGCCGCCCCCUCCUCAUCUGUACCCCAACACUCAAGCCCAGGCUCAGGUGUAUGGAGGGGUCACCUAUUACAACACAGUUCAGCAACAAGUCCAGCCGAAGCCUUCUCCUCCCCGAAGAACCUCCCAGCCCGUCACCAUCAAGCCGCCUCCCCCUGAGGUGGUAAGCAGGGUUCCUGUUAACGUUUCUAAACGCUUUUGAAGGACAGCAGAAAUGAGAAAUCCAAAGAGAGGAACAAUACUUAAGGACUCUGCAUUUUGCUGGUUUCUGUAAAGCGCCAGGGCUGGCAUCCGUGGCAGGCAGAAGGCACCUCCUGGGUGUGGAGCCCUUCCUUUCCCCUCGGUAAUAGGUGAUGCAAGCGGAUGCGGGCGCUCCUGCUGUGCCAAACCGUGUCAGUAUUGAGUUUGGGGCCAGGUUGUCCGUCAG